AUGAUUAAGGCGCGUAAAGUACCCAAUGCUACCAGAGAGGAGCUUAUGGUGUUAACUGUCAGUGAAAUAAUCUCACACUUGUUGAAAGCUGUCAAAGAGAAACAUGAUGUCAACUUGAAUAAACUAAAGUCACUCAUAUCUAGCAAAUAUGGUUUAGCCUCACAACCACGAUUGGUUGACUUAAUUGCCGCUGUACCGGCAGAACACAAACACGUGUUAUUACCACACCUGAAAGCUAAACCAGUUCGAUCGGCCAGUGGUAUCGUAGUUAUAGCAGUUAUGUGUAAACCACACAGAUGCCCACACAUUGCUAUGACUGGAAAUGUAUGUGUUUAUUGUCCAGGUGGACCAGAUUCCGAUUUUGAAUACUCUACACAAUCGUAUACUGGAUACGAGCCAACUUCAAUGCGUGCUAUUCGUGCACGUUACAAUCCGUUUAUCCAAACACGCCAUCGGAUUGAACAACUUCAACAACUGGGACAUACAUGUGAUAAAGUGGAGUUUAUUGUCAUGGGUGGUACAUUCAUGUGCCUUUCUGAAGAUUAUCGAGAUUAUUUCAUUCGAAGCUUACAUGAUGCACUCUCUGGGCACACAAGUCAAAAUGUGGAUGAAGCUAUAAAGUAUUCUGAAAAAAGUAAAGCCAAGUGUAUUGGGAUUACAAUAGAAACACGUCCAGAUUAUUGUUUGAAAAAACAUCUAAGUGAAAUGUUACGUUAUGGAUGUACACGUUUGGAGAUUGGUGUCCAGAGUGUCUAUGAAGAUGUUGCUAGGGAUACAAAUCGAGGACAUACUGUCAAAGCUGUCUGUGAGUCAUUUCAUUUAUCCAAGGAUGCUGGAUUCAAAGUGGUUGCACAUAUGAUGCCUGAUUUACCAAAUGUUGGCUGGGAACGUGAUUUAGCACAAUUUGCUGAAUACUUUGAAAAUCCAGCUUUUCGAUCAGAUGGUCUAAAAAUUUAUCCUACACUUGUAAUACGUGGAACUGGUCUAUAUGAAUUGUGGCGUACCGGUAGAUAUAAAAGUUAUCCACCUGGUAUGCUGAUUGAUUUGAUUGCACGGAUUUUGGCCUUAGUACCACCAUGGACUAGAGUUUAUCGAAUACAAAGAGAUAUACCCAUGCCGUUGGUGACUAGUGGUGUGGAACAUGGUAAUCUACGUGAACUUGUAUUGGCUAGAAUGGAGGAAUUGGGUGCCACAUGUAGAGAUGUACGAACACGUGAAGUUGGCAUACAAGAAAUACACUCACGUGUUAAACCAUAUCAAGUUGAGCUUAUUCGUCGAGAUUAUAUGGCUAAUGGAGGUUGGGAAACAUUUCUGGCUUAUGAAGAUCCUUAUCAGGAUAUAUUAGUUGGUCUACUACGUUUACGAAAGUGUUCACCGCAAACAUUUCGACCUGAGUUACGUGUUAUGCAUACUAGUGGUCAGAGUAACACAGAUCCACAAUGUUCUAUUGUACGUGAAUUGCAUGUGUAUGGUAGUGCUGUACCAGUAUCUGCUAGAGAUCCUACAAAAUUUCAACAUCAAGGUUUUGGAACUUUACUAAUGGAAGAAGCUGAGCGUAUAGCUAAAUAUGAACAUGGAUCACUGAAGAUAGCAGUUAUAUCUGGUGUAGGCACUAGAAAUUACUACCGAAAGUUGGGCUAUGAACUUGAGGGCCCAUAUAUGGUUAAGCCUUUAUAGUUCAUACAAUAAUAACAAAAGUAUCUUUCCCUGUAAAUUUUUUCGAAAUAACUAUUUCUGUAUCACUUUUCUCAAUUUAUUUAUGUUAAUAUCAAAUAAAAAACAUUGAAAAAUUGUCUUUUUCAAUGAGUAAAAUCUUUGCAGUUGACUUUUCAAGUUCAUUAAAAUCAGAACUGUAAAGGUUUUUCCGCUCUGGAUAAGAUUAACUAUUAAACAGUGAACAGAGAAGAUUUUUGUGAACUCGUCCAAUUACUGUGGGACUCAUCAGUUGAACACUCAAAAUAAAUUGUAAUUUAUGUAAAGUUUACAACCGUAUAUAUUGAAUCCGCAUUUUUUCAUGAAAGCAAAUACACUGAGCCUGAAUGCUAAGAAGCCUGUCAACUUAUAUUCUAGAAUAUUGUCCUGAAGGGGUACCAAUUUUACCUAAAGCCACCUCCAGACGUUUGAUCAUAUGCUAUCUGUUAUAUUUUCUAUUCAUGACACAUGUAUUAGUCCUAGCGUAACCAAUGAAUAGAGUAAUAAAAGAAUACUUGGGUCUGUGGUGAUUUAUGCCAUUGUGUUAUGCAAACUGGAUUUUUGGGCAUAUGAAAUAGUUUUUGAGUCCUAAGCUUCCAUAAGUGAUUGUUUUUCAUUUUCGUACCAAACUUUAUUUAACCGAUAGACUGUAGUUGAUGUUUUGAAUUAUACUGCCUAUAAUCAUGUUCUCAUUUUCUCAUACAUUCAACAAUCUCUGAAGUUCGCUAUUUUAGCAUAUUGCCCUACUGUUUCAAUAGUAUUUUACCACUGUCUGUAUUGACUCUACGUAACCCUUCAAAGCCAACUUUCUUGGCAUCAUAUUACUUUUCCAGAAAUUAUGUAUCAUUUUCACAGUUAAAAAUAAUUUUUUUUCUCUUACUUUGUUCUUGUAUGUAUGUAAACUUUGAAAUUUCGUGUAUUUAGAGGAUUCAUUUGAUAAGUCGUAUUGACUAUUCAGUGAAUUCUUCUUCUGAAAUUUGCUGUCUUGCUUUUAAUUCAACAUUGGCUAAAAGCAUUAAACUGUUCGCUGGCAAUGAUUUCCGAUGGGAGUAUUCGGAGAAGUGGGUGUUCAAAUAAUUUCACCUUGCGAAAGAUGUGUUGUUUACAUCUGUAUGUAUUAUCUUGUUUAUUGGCACUACUUUUUAACCUAAUAAAUACGUGAGUGAGUAAAGGGGAAUUGAUAUUCCUGCAUUCUUGACAGAUUCUUUCUCAGUAUGUAGUAUUUUCAUGGUUCUUUUCGGAAACAUGAUAGCCUAAAUUGUGUUCAGCGACUGUCUAGUUUAUUUUUGUUAAUACUUAAACAUGAAUGUAUAUAUGUGUCCGAUGGAGUGUACAUAUCUAUGAGGACAAUUAUCUGUUUCUUCGAUGAUAAAGAUCGAGGCAGUUGUCAAUAAGUUUUCAUUUCCGCCGUAUGAAAUCUAAAUAAAACUACCGUGAAUUCUAUAUAAGGUUCAAGAUAUCUACGGUGCUUUAGGACUCACUUUUCGAUGCAAAUACAAACUGAGAUCGAACUACACCUUUCAUUCAAGGAAAUUAGUGUAUGCCGUUCAACAUUCUGAAUCAAAUAAACGUACACCACCAGUCUAAGCUGUGUUCACGUUUAAAGAUCGUCAUAUUUCAGUCAGAGUAUUAAUGGCCUUCAUAUCUGGAUAUUCAAAGAACUCUUAACGUGCAUGAGGCAAACACCGUAUUCGUCAUAGUAGCGUGUGAUGGUAGACCCCAAAGAGUAUCUUGAUGUCGAUGACAGCCUCUUGGGAAGCGUAAAGUCUAACGUUUUUGCUUAGAUCUAGCUAGAAAACCAUGGCACCGACACCGCAAUAGUUCAAGGGUGGGUGUGUUCUAUUUUUGAGGAUGACUUUAACUACCCCAGCUAUCUCUUGGAGAAGACAACAACGGCACAGAACUACUGGUCAUCUGUGUGAAACACCUUACUAUUGUCACAACCUUAUCUAGCAGCGGUGUAACGUCCUCCCCCCCCCUUAUUAUAGCGAAUUCAUUGGCAUUGAUCGUAAUUGCUUUUUAUCUUAACAUUAUCCAAAAAAACUUUUUCAUAUGAUAGGACCUGAAGAAAUAAACAUCCUCACCAGCAUAGCUCGUCAGGUUAUUGUAAUGGACAAAGCCAGCCGUCAACUUCAAGGCAGCAGUUAUCAGUCGAGAUACUGAUUCUCCCAAUUUUCAAGAAAAGAGAGAAAUCCUGCUGUGAUAACUUGAGAAUUCAGUCUAACGAACACAUUGACUGGGAUCCGAGAUUCUAUAAUUAUCAGAUUCCUGAGUGUUACUCCGGAACAACAAGUAGGACAGUUCUCAAACUGCAUCGGUGGUGUAUCGAUCAGAUAUUCUCUCCUUUUCAGGUUCUAGGACAUAGGCACACUUACGGGUGUACAACUAGCUAAAUUUAAUUUUAAGACGGUAUUUGACUCCAUCGGUCGAGAAGUCUUAUGAUAGUGUCACAAUGGAAGAGGUUCCGCUUAAAUUCAUCAUUCAGUUGAAGGCUAUGCAAGCGAACACUCGUGGAUGUGUUAGAAUCUGUUGUGAGUUUUGUACUUCGAAUAGUGAUGGUCAAAGAUGUCCUCUCUUCGUUCUUAUGUGACUUGGUCACUGACAUUCUUAUGAAAUUAUCCUUCUGAUUUGAAGAUACUGGAAUUGACCUUGUCAUAAAGAGACACCUUAGUACACUCAGAGUAUUUUGAUGACAUAUUCCUGUUGAGUGACGUUGAUUCCUGCUGUGUCCAUCGGAACAGAUUCGUGAGACCUAUUCUAGCCUUCGUUUCCUGUGCUGAACGUCUAACAACUCACCACGGUCGAUUUGAUUUCGCUGGCAAAUAAAGUCAGGAUUAGAAACUCGUACUUUUCUCAGCAAAAGUGCAAGCCAUUCCUGAAGGGGCAGUUUUCAUUUCCAACGUGUGAAAUUCUAAACAGCAUCAGACCACCACUCGAUACAUUCAGUGAACUGUUCCCGUUAUUACUGCCUUCAUCUCGCAGAACUGUGGUCUGUGCACUCUAACUGUAAGGGGAAUAUUGCAUAGAGAUAUCCGACCUCUGAAACCAGGAGAACAAAAUUCAUGGAGUAUCAGCUUUCUUUUUACCGUUUAGCUGUACCUAUGUAUAUCAAUGGUAACUUCCUAUUAUUCAGUAACCGCUUCUUGCCGUUCUCAGUGUUCAGUUAUUAAACAUCGGAUUGUAGUGAAUUAUGAGUAUGUAUUGCAUAGGCUACAGUUACAAAUGAAACCAAAAUAUUCAUCCCAUAUGUCAGUUUUUUAGUCUUCCAUCUUUGCUUAUAUUCAUUCAUAAAGUGCAUUCUAACUGUUUGGAACAGGAUCUGAAGUAAAGGUUUUCGAUAUUGCUGAUGACUGACCAGUUUGUAAACAGUAAUUAUGAAAGUCCAGUCUGAAGAUUUCAGUGUUUCAAACUGUAUUAUACACCAGACAGAAACACUUUGUUUCUUUCACUGUGGGAUACUCAUUGACUAAUCACAUCCUUUUCCUCAAAGUAACAAAUCCUCGUACUAUUAUAAAUGCGAGUUCGCUUACUUCAAUUAAAGCUUGUCUGGUAUCGAAUUCGCUAGUUUCACCCAUUAAUUUCAUGUUUACAUUAAGAAGCCUGAUCUGAUACCACCGUGUCUGGGAAUUUCGGGGCGAAAUUACUGCUAGGAAAGCUUCCUAGGUUGGUAUGAGGUCGUCUUUCCCGAUUGCUGUCACUAGUCUAAAGGAGUGGGAUGUGUUUACCAACUUCAUAGAGACGGUUGUCGACUCCGAAAUGCAAACUGUCCCAGCAGUCCUUGGAGUCGUAUUUGACGCUUCUGAUAGACUUCCUGAUCUAGGGUAUGUACCACCAAAUGUAUGUCAUAAAUGUUAUACCGUUGCCAUCCUUUUUUCUACCGAUAAGUUACCGCUGUGCCUUCUUGGUGUCAUCUGAUAAUGUUUUUGACUACCUACUACUGCGCUAUCAUAAGAAAUGUGUCAACUUGCAGUGUAAAUAUUCAAAGACUGAAAAGGUUAGCAUCUUCCUGGAUAUGAGCUAUGUCAAGUUUACGAAAGUUCGGUCUUUUGCGAUAAAGCCCACAGAUUGGGCUAAGUCCCUAGUUUCUUUCUCAAGGGCAGCCAUCUAUUUCUUGGGUAAAAUCUUCCUUCCGUUAUAUUGCAGUUUCAUUUCAAUGAUAUAGACAUUUAUGAGUGCUGAGAACUUCCUCUUCAUGAAUUAUUUUCGGUGGAGUCUAUGAAGUAUAGCCUUUGUCCAGAAGCAUAAAACUUCAUUCCUAGCCGCAUGAGAGUAUGUUUUUACGAACGCAGCAUGAAUGCUUUGUUAUAUGCUUAGGAACUAGUUAACCAAAUUAUGUGAAUAAAUGUUUCUAUUGUGUUACCACGGUGGCAUCUAAGUCACUACAUGAAAAAAUAUCCCAUAGGAUCUAUACAAUGUAUCCCCCCGGUAAAACGAUAUUAUAAGAGGCCAAUAAAGCAGGUAGAUCCUUUCGUUCUAAAAACACAUGACUUUCACUGCUUAGUGUGAAAAGAAGAACUAACCGGUUAGGCUGCUUUAAAGUUACAUGAUAUGACAUUAUUUUCAGGUUUUCGGAAUCGAAUUACUUAUUCAGCCAUCCACAGCACAGGUCUUUAAACACACUAACAGUAACAAUGUAAUGUCAAAAAGCCCACCAUAAAUGAAGAAAUAUGGUCACGAUAACGCCUGAAAAACAACGCAGACUUUC